GUUACCAAUUCGCUGCUGGCCUGGGAGGUGCUGGGACUCUGAGAGGAAUGUGGCCCCAGGGUCUGCUGGUGGGCUUGGGCGCCGCCGCCGCUCUCCUCUCGCUCGUGCUGGCGCUGGUGGUGAGGCAGUUGCUGAGGCAGAAGAGACCGGCUGGCUUUCCGCCCGGUCCGGCGGGGCUCCCUCUCAUCGGCAAUAUCCACUCCCUGGCCUCGGAGCAGCCACACGUCUACAUGAAGAGACAGAGUCAGCUGUACGGGCAAAUUUUUAGUCUUGAUCUUGGAGGCAUAUCAGCUAUUGUACUGAACGGCUAUGAUGCAGUAAAAGAAUGUCUCAUUCAGCAAGGAGAAGUUUUUGCAGAUAGGCCUUCUCUACCUUUGUUCAAGAAGCUGACAAAAAUGGGAGGUUUACUGAAUGCAAGAUAUGGCAAAGGUUGGACAGAACAUCGCAAAUUAGCUGUAACUAGCUUUCGAAAUUUUGGAUAUAGUCAAAAGUCCUUUGAAAGCAAAAUAUCAGAAGAAACGGGUUUUUUUCUUGAUGUUAUUGAUACUUACAAAGGCAAGGCUUUUGAUCUAAAGUACUUGAUAACAAAUGCAGUUUCAAACAUUACUAACUUAAUUAUUUUUGGAGAACGAUUUACAUAUGAAGACACUGAAUUUCAGCACAUGAUAGAAAUAUUCAGUGAAAAUAUUGAAUUGGCUGCUAGUGCUUCUGUAUUUUUAUACAAUGCUUUCCCAUGGAUUGGUAAUUUGCCCUUUGGAAAACAUCAACAACUUUUUAAAAAUGCUGCUGAAGUUUAUACUUUUUUACUCCACCUUAUUCAGCGUUUCUCACAGAAUAGGAAACCUUAUUCACCUCGACAUUUUGUAGAUGCAUAUUUAGAUGAAAUGGAUAGAAAUAAAAAUGAUCCUGAAUCUGUAUUUUCAAUGGAAAACUUAAUUUUUUCUGUUGGAGAACUCAUAAUUGCUGGAACAGAAACUACAACAAAUGUCCUAAGAUGGGCAGUCUUGUUCAUGGCUCUUUAUCCUAAUAUUCAAGGACAAGUGCAUAAAGAAAUUGACUUAGUCAUUGGACCCAGCAAAACCUCAUGCCUAGAAGAUAAGUGUAAAAUGCCAUAUACAGAGGCAGUGCUACAUGAAAUUUUAAGAUUCUGUAAUAUAGUGCCAUUAGGUAUUUUUCGUGCAACUUCUAAGGAUACAGUUGUCCGUGGUUAUUCGAUCCCUCAAGGCACUACUGUAAUCACAAAUCUCUAUUCUGUGCAUUUUGAUGAAAAAUACUGGAGUAACCCUGAAAUGUUUUGUCCUGAGAGAUUUUUGGACAACUCAGGACAGUUUGUCAAGAAAGAAGCAUUUAUUCCCUUUUCAUUAGGGCGAAGACACUGCUUAGGAGAACAGCUGGCCAGAAUGGAAAUGUUUUUAUUUUUUACUGCAUUACUUCAAAGAUUUCAUCUGCAUUUUCCUAGUGCUUUGGUUCCAAACCUUAAGCCAAAACUUGGCAUGACAUUGCAACCUCAUCCAUAUCUCAUCUGUGCAGAGAGUCGAUAUUAAAUGUAACUGUGGGAACCAGAGAGAUGCAGCAAUAAAUUGUCUGAAGAAAAAAAUCUUAAGUCUACAAAUUUAACAACUGGCUAAAACAUUAUUAAAGCAUGUAUGUGUAGUUGUACUAUUGCUUAUGCUUCACCAAAAAAGAAAAGUAAAAAGGAAUUUUUGAGUAUGUGUCCAAGACAAGUGGGAAUUCAAUUUUCUCUGCGCAUCUGAUAUGGAGUAUUCAUUGAAUAAUAUAAAGCAAAGAUACUGGAACUGAGGGGAAAGACAUGCUGGCCUUUCAGUUGAAACAAUUAUGCUAUAGUAAUGUUAUUUCUGCUAUCUAGGAAACUCAGGGUAAAGUAUACAUUUACUGUUAUUAAAAUCAACCAUUUUGUCACUUUUGUUGUCAAUUGGAUAAUACUGGGACAUGUGUAUCCAAGAAAGAAAUUUGUCAAUUUUUAUAGAAGUCUUCCAGAGAUUACAUAUGAUAUUCUGUUAACCUUGCUAUGCUUUUAAAUUUCCAAGAAAUAUUUAGUUAUGUAUUUAAAAGGUUUAAUUAUGUAUUUAAAAAGUGGGCUGAGUUUUGCCACACAUAAUAUAGUAUGUUCUUGUCUUCUUUGUUGUGUUUUUUCUAGUUUCUUACUUUUGG